AUGGAUUCCAACAUGCCUAUUGCCAUCGUUGGCAUGAGCUGCCGAUUCGCUGGCGACAUCGACAGCCCGUCCAAGCUCUGGGAUCUUUUGGCUCAAGGAAAGAGUGCCUGGUCGGAGAUUCCCAAGGAUCGAUUCAAUAUCGAUGGAUUCCACCACCCCAACUUUGAGAAGCUCAAUGGCACAAACGUAAUAGGAGGCCACUUUAUGAAGGAGGAUAUUGGCCUGUUUGAUGCUCACUUCUUCAAUCUUUCCGCCGAGACUGCUGCUGCGUUGGAUCCCCAGUUUCGUCUACAGCUCGAGUCAACAUAUGAAGCCCUUGAGAGCGCUGGUAUCACUCUUCAGGAUGUGGCUGGCUCCAACACCUCGGUCUACGCCGGCUCCUUCUUCCGGGACUACCAUGAGAGCUUGAUCCGUGACCCUGACACACUCCCCCGCUUCCUCCUCAUGGGCACCGGCGCCGCCAUGGCCUCCAACCGUCUCUCUCACUUCUUCGACCUCCGCGGGCCCAGCAUGUCCGUCGAUACCGGCUGCUCCACCACCCUCACAGCGCUGCACCAGGCUUGCCAGAGCUUGCGUUCGGGCGAAUCCACCAUGUCCAUCGUGGGCGGUGCCAACCUCAUGUUCAACCCCGACAUGUUCCUCGCCAUGUCCUCCAUGACGCUCAUCUCCAAGGACGGCCGAUCGUGGGCCUUUGACAGCCGCGCCAACGGCUACGGGCGCGGUGAAGGUUCCGCAACGGUGAUCCUCAAGCCCCUUGACGCUGCUCUCCGUGACGGCGACCCAAUCCGCGCCAUCAUCCGCGACACCGGCAUCAACCAGGAUGGCAAAACCGAGACCAUCACCACACCCAGCGGCGAGGCACAGGAGGCGCUUAUCCGUGCGUGCUACGAACGCGCCGGUCUCGAUCCGGGACAAACGACGUACUUUGAGGCGCACGGAACCGGUACUCCGACGGGCGAUCCGAUCGAGGUGAAUGCCAUCGCUUCGGUGUUCAAGGGCUCGCGCAAGGGCUCAGGCGAGGAUGCUUUGCUGCGCAUUGGCUCCGUCAAGACCAACAUUGGCCACACUGAGACUGCUUCGGGCGUGGCGGCCAUCAUCAAGGUGGCGUUGGCGCUGGAGAGGAGCCAGAUCCCGCCCAGCGUCAACUUUGAGAAGCCGAAUGCCAAGUUGAGCUUGGACGAGUGGAAGCUGAAAGUCCCCACCGAGCUGGAGGAGUGGGUUGGCACAAAGGACGGCAUCAGGCGUGCGAGCAUUAACAAUUUCGGCUACGGCGGGUCCAAUGCGCACGUUAUUAUGGAGGAUUAUAGCAGCUAUCUCGCUACGGCGCAGCGGACAAAGACGCUGACGAAUGGCGCUGACAGACGCACUAACGGUCACCACCACGCCGAUAGCGGAAUUGUCAUUGAUGACGAUGUCAACAAUGACAACUCCAAGGUCUUCAUCCUUUCCGCCAAAGACGAAAAGGCCACCGAGCGCAUGAUUGCCAACCUCAAGACUUAUCUCCAAUCCCAAAAAUCCAAGAAGCUUUCUACAAUCCAAGAAAAUGCGCUCCUCUCCAACCUCGCCCAUACCCUCUCCGCCCGCCGCACCCUCUUCCCCUGGUCCGCCACCUUCUCCGGCUCCUCCAUCGACUCCCUGAUCCGCACCAUCGACUCAGGUCGUGUCAAGCCCGCCAAAGCCUCUGCCACCGCACCGCGCAUCGGCUUCGUCUUCACCGGCCAAGGCGCCCAAUGGUGGGCCAUGGGCAAGGAGCUUAUUGACGCCUACCCCGUCUUCAAAGCCGCCCUGCUAGCCUGCGAUGUCGAGCUCAAGAAACUCGGUGCCACCUGGAACAUGUGCGAAGAGCUUUCGCGCGAUGCCGAGACCAGUAAUGUCAACAAGCUCGAUUAUAGCACUCCCGUGUGCGUGGCCGUGCAGAUCGCUCUGGUUGAGCUGUUGAAGGCCUGGGGAAUCAGGCCCACGGCUGUCACUUCCCAUUCUUCCGGUGAGAUUGCUGCUGCGUAUGCCGCUGGGGCGCUGGACCUUUCGAGCGCGAUGGCGAUUGCUUUUGCCAGAGGUGGUUUGGCGAGCGAGGGUAACCGCCAGUUCGCGAGGAAGGGUGGUAUGAUGGCUGUUGGACUUGGCAGGGAAGAGGGCGAGAAGUAUCUGCCUCUGGUCACCCAGGGUCAGGUCGUUGUUGCUUGCGAGAACUCACCCACCAGUAUCACCUUGUCUGGUGAUGUUGAGGGCUUGAUCGAGCUGGAGCAAGUCAUGAAGGUGGAGAAUAUCUUUGCUCGCAGACUGAAGGUGGACGCAGCGUGGCAUUCGCAUCACAUGGAGGCUGUCGCUGAUGCGUAUUAUGCCUCUAUGGACAAGAAGGUCAAGCCGGCCAAGGACAAGUUGGAUAUGAUCUUCUCUUCUCCCUGCACCGGCAAGCGGAUGGACAAGGUCAGCGAGAUCGGCAGCCCGGGACACUGGGUGCGCUCACUGACGGGCUGUGUCCGUUUCGUGGAUGCCUUCCGCAGCAUGGUCUUUGCUGAUAAGGAUGCGACGGAGCCGACGGUUGAUAUGGUCAUCGAAGUCGGUCCGCACGCGGCGCUGUCGGGUCCUAUCCAGGAUAUUCUGGCUUUGCCCGAGUUCAAGGGGGUUAACAUCCCCUACGGCAGCUGUUUGAUUCGCAAGAAGAGCGCGGUUGAUACCAUACAGGAUCUCGUCGGUGACCUGGUUCGCAAGGGAUAUCCUGUUAGCCUCAAGGCUGUCAACUUCCCCUUUGGCACCGAGGGUGUCAGGGUGUUGACGGACUUGCCUGCUUAUCCCUGGAAUCACUCGACCAAGCACUGGAUUGAGCCGCGCUUCAACCGUGCUUUGAGACAGCGCUCUGAGGCUCCUCAUGAUUUGCUUGGCUCGCUGGUUCUGGGUUGCGAUCCUGCUGCUCCUACGUGGAGACAUAUUGUCCGUCUUAGUGACCUUCCUUGGGUCAGGGACCAUUGUGUGCAGGGGAACAUGAUCUAUCCCGCUGCGGGAUACAUCGCCAUGGCUGUUGAGGGCGUGCAGCGCUUUGCUUCUCGUCAGGCAGGUGAUAAGAAGAUUGCUGGAUAUCAGCUUCGUGAUGUUGACAUUCUCAAUGCUCUUGUGGUUCCUGAGACCAGCGAGGGCAUUGAGAUGCAGCUUUCUCUUCGCCCUGGCAGCGAGAGGGAUCUUUCGACCAAGGGAUGGACCGAGUUUACUGUUCAGUCUGUUAACUUGGACAACAAGUGGACUGAUCACUGCAAGGGUUUGAUCUCCGUUCACUUCGGUGUUGCUCCCAAGCAUGCUGUUAACCAGCCUACCGCGGACUCUCACUAUCGUAUCUGUAUCAACCCUAAUGAUAUCUGGUCUGGCAUGCGCUCGGGCGGUAUCAACCAUGGUCCCAUCUUCCGCAACAUGAAGAGCAUUCGUACCCGCAGCAAGCAGUCUGUUACCACCUUCACCGUGGCUGAUACCAAGUCUGUUAUGCCCAAGCAGCACGAGAUGGCCCAUGUCAUCCACCCGACCACUUUGGACUCGGUCUUCCAAGCUGCUUACACCGCUGCCCCUGGCGCUGGUGGCAAGAACCAGACCCCCAAGGUCCCUCGUUCCAUCAGCAAGCUCUGGAUUGCCCACGAUAUCAGCAAGCAAGCCGGUCACGACUUCAAGGCCUACGCCAAUCUCGACCACGCCGACGAUCAGUCCACCAAGACCGCUCUCCGCGUCGUUGACGAUGCCGCCGAGGUCUCCACGCCCGUCAUCUCCAUCGACGGCUUCGUCUGCCAAUCCAUCGGCAACGCGCCCACCGCCUCUGACGAGCCCUGGGAAGCCGACAAGUUCACCACCACCCACUGGGCGCCCGACGUGACCUUCCUCAAGGAUAUCUUUCUCAAGAAGCAGCUCGGCAGCCAGAUCACCCCCGAGGAGGCCGAGAUUCUCAUGGACCUCCGCAAGGCCUGCAUGUACUACAUCUACGACGCCCUGCGCGACCUCACGCCCGAGGAUAUGAAGAAGCUGGAGUGGUAUCACAAGAAGUUCUACAUCUGGAUGCGUCUGCAGGCCGACCUCGCCCGCGCCAAUGAGCUCGGGCCUGAUAGCAGCAAGUGGGCCAAUGCCACGCUGAACGAGAAGGCUACUCUGCUCGAAAAGGUCAGGGUUAGCAGCACCAACGGCGAGAUGGUCUACCGCUUGGGACCCCAGAUCGUGCCUAUCUUGAGAGGAGAGAUCACUGCUCUGGAGGUCAUGCUCGAGCAGAACUUGUUGAGCAGGUACUACCUCGAGGGCCUCAAAUGGGGCCGGGCCAACGCCAAGCUGGGCGAGAUGGUCCGUCACUACGCGCACAAGAACCCUCAUGCCAAAAUGAUUGAAAUCGGCGGCGGUACCGGUGGUGCCACGGCUCACGUUCUCAACGCCAUCGGCACUGCAGAGGACGGACUGGGUCCCCGCGCUGCUAGCUACGACUUCACUGACGUGUCGUCCGGUUUCUUCGAAGCGGCCAAGGAAAAGUUCCAGCCGUGGAAGGAUCUCAUGCGCUUCAAGAAGCUCAACAUCGAGCAGGACCCAUCCGCGCAAGGGUUUGAGGAGGGCACAUAUGACGUUGUCAUUGCGUGCCAGGUUCUGCACGCCACUAAGUCCAUGGAUAAUACGAUGCGCAAUGUUCGCAAGCUGCUCAAGCCCGGCGGCAAGCUGUUCAUCAUGGAGACGACCAGGGACCAGAUGGACGUGCAGUUCGUCUUUGGUUUCUUGUCCGGAUGGUGGUUGUCUGAGGAAGAAGAACGCAAGUUCAGCCCGUCGCUUUCGGUGCCCAUGUGGGAUCGUGUCUUGCAUCGCACUGGCUUCCGCGGAGUCGAGGCUGAGAUCAGGGAUGUGGAGCAUGAUGAGCUUUAUGCGUUUAGCGUCAUGAGCUCGACUGCCGCGAUGAGCGCUCCUGUCUUUGACUUUGAUAUCAAGUUCGUCACGGGCAGCAACCAGAUUCCUGAGGUUUGGUUGGACAAGCUUCGGGUGUCGAUCGGCUUGUUGACUUGCUCGGUUCCGACUGUCAAGACUAUUGAGGAGGUUGAGGUGGAUGGGAACGACGUUUGCGUCUUCCUCGAUGAUCCCAAGAACCCCGUCCUGGCCGACCCGAGCAAGGCACAGUUCAGCGGCAUCAAGGACAUGUGCACACGCGCCAAGGGUCUGCUUUGGUUGACGCAGGGCGGUGCGGAUGGGUGUGAGCAGCCUUUGGCUUCUCUCGCUGCUGGAUUCCUCCGCUCGCUGAGACAGGAAUACUCCGGUAAGAGGCUGGGGACACUCGAUCUUGAUUUCACCAAGGAUAUCUGGUCUGAGUCGUCUAUUACUACCAUCACCGAGGUUUUCCGCAAGUUGUUUGAUUACUCGGUCAACGAAACCGGCAGCGACUUUGAGUUUGCCGAGCGCGAGGGCACUGUUAAGAUUCCCAGGUACAUCAAGGACGUGAACCGUAACUCGGCUGUCUUCAAGGAGAAGGAUAUGACUGCCCAGCCCGAAGCGGAGAUGGAGCCCUUCAUCCAACCCGAUCGUCCCUUGCGUCUGACUAUUGGCACCGCUGGGUUGCUCGACACCCUCAAAUUCGUCGAUGACCCUUCGGCCGCUGAUCCUCUGCCCGAGGACUUCGUCGAAGUAGAGCCGCGCGCCUUCGGCGUCAACUUCCGCGACGUCAUGGUAGCCAUGGGCCAGCUCAAGUCAAACACCAUGGGCUACGACUGCGCCGGUGUCAUCACCCGCGUUGGUCCCGCCGCUGCUUCUGAGGGUUACACCGUCGGCGACCGCGUAUCCGUUUUGCUUAGGGGUCACUACGCCAGCAAAUGCCGCAUUCAUUGGACCAGCGCCGUCAAGAUCCCCGACUCCAUGACCUUCGAGACGGCCGCUUCUCUCCCGACGCAAUACGUCGCUGCUUACGUCUCUUUGUACGAUACUGCUCGACUGCAAAAGGGUGAGUAUGUCCUGAUUCAUGCUGCCACCGGUGGAGUGGGACAAGCAGCGGUGAUGAUGGCGCAGCGCGUCGGGGCCGAGGUGUUUGUCACGGUCGGCACGGACGAAAAGAGGGAGUUCGUGAUGAAGCACUACGGUAUUGCGCCCGACCACAUCUUCUCCUCACGCGAUACUUCCUUUGCCGCCGGGGUAAUGGGUAUGACCAAGGGUCGCGGCGUAGACGUCGUUCUCAACUCCCUCGCUGGCACUUUGCUCCAGGAAUCAUUCAACUGCCUUGCGCCCUUCGGCCGCUUCGUAGAGAUUGGCAAGCGCGACUUGGAACAGAACAGUUCCCUGGCAAUGGAAGCGUUUACCCGCGCGGUGUCGUACACCAGUAUCGAUGUCAUCACCUAUGGCGAGCACAAGAAGAUGGAGACCAAUCGGAUCAUGAAGGAUAUUAUCCACUUGGUUGGCAACGGGGAAUUGAAGACAGUUGAGCCCAUCACCGUUUACCCCGUGGGAGAGAUCGAGAAGGCGUUCAGGCUGAUGCAAGCUGGUAAACACAUGGGCAAGAUCGUUCUGAGCGCUGGUCAGGAGACGAUGGUUCCCGUUCUUCCCCGCGUCACCACCUCCAACACCGUCUCUUUGCGGUCAGAUGCCUCUUACCUCGUUGUCGGCGGCUUCGGCGGCCUCGGUCGAUCUAUCUGCUCUUACCUCGCCUCGCGCGGGGCCAAGAAUCUUGUGGUUCUUUCGAGAAAUGCCAAAGCCGAUAAGCUUGCCCAGCUGCAGACUGAACUCAAUCAUGUAGCUAAGGGCGUCAAGGUUACUGCUAUCAGCUGUGACAUCUCCAACAUGGCUGUCCUGACAAAAGCCCUUGAUUGUGUGGCAAGGGGAGUCCCACCUAUUAGAGGUAUCAUCCACGGCGGCAUGGAGCUGCGCGACUCGGUGCUUGAACAUAUGAAGGUGGAGGAUCACAAGGCUGCGCUUGCUCCCAAGCUCAACGGCAGCUGGAACUUGCAUCAAUACUUCUCCUCUACUUCUUCCAAGCAAGGAAAGGGGGCACUGGAUUUCUACGUCAUGCUCUCCUCCCUCGUCGGCGUCGUCGGGUUCGCUUCCCAGAGCAAUUACUCAGCAGGCGGUACCUUCCAGGACAGUCUCGCCACGCACCGCGUUGCUAACGGCCUUCCCGGUGUAAGCUUGGAUCUGGCAGUGGUGAAAUCAGUCGGGUACCUCGCUGAUCAUCCUGACUCCGAGAAGACGAUUGAGUCUCUCAAGAGACACGGGUUCACUGCCCUCGCUGAGGACGAAGUCCUCGCCGCCAUCGGCAGUGCCAUCCAAACGCCCUUCGCGGGCCAGUUGACGCUUGGUCUAAACUGUGGACCUACCGGCCAACCUAGCCCUGACGCUCCUCUCGCGCACGACGCCCGUUUCGCUCAGUUAAAGCACAGGGCAGUCAAGACUUCUACCGCACCCACUGCAGCCAGCGGCAACUCGUCAGACCUAUCUUCCCUUUUGGCCAACGCCCAAACCCUAAAAGGUGCUCAAGAGCAUACGCUGGAAGCAAUUACCAAAAAGCUGCAAGACAUUUUCAUGAUCGCCGACGCGUCAGAAAUCAACCCUGAGCUGUCGCCUGCUGAGUUCGGCGUGGAUAGUCUGGUGGCGGUCGAGUUGAGGAAUAUGUUGAGCAUGAAGGCGGGCAGCGAGAUGAGUAUUUUUGAGAUUAUGCAGUGUGGAAGUUUAAGGGGGUUGGCUGGGGUUGUUGUUGGGAAGUCAAGUCAUGUCGAUGCUGGGCUUAAGGAAUAG